AUGUUUGAGAUUUAUCUUAGCUUAGCUUCACGUUCAUAUCGUGACUCACCUGUUUCUGCUCAUGCCAGUGUCGUUUUUACUGCUCCUACCAAAAUGGAAAAAAAUGAAAACUUGGCGAGAAGACAAAUAUCAUGCGUAAAAAGCCCUUCAGGGGAAAUGACAUGCACUCCACCGCCGCCAAUCCAAU